ACAUUUUUUCUUUUUUUAAAAAUAGCAUUAUAAGUUCUGGAAAAGACCAUUGUAUAAUGUCGUUUGUACACUGUUUUUAGUCUUGAUUAAAUGAGUGUAAAGAAUAUGGGUAUAAAGCGUAUCCAAAUGAAUUUCUGUUUUUUUUUUUUUAGUUGCUCGCAAAUUACAAAAUCUGUAACGUGCAUGACGAGAUCUUUUCUGCAUUUCAUUUCUACAAUUUUCUCUCCAGAUUAUGGAUUCUGAAGACCAUAAUAAGGUUCACUUAUCAGUGAAAGAUGUGCAGGACACUCUUGAGGCAUACCAGUGCCUCAAGUGCACAAAAUUUCACUGUCCACUUUGUCCUAAGGACAGUAUAAAAUUUGAUGAGAACUUCCAGGCAACAGGCCACCUUCAGUCCCAUUUAUCUUGGGUGGUGGUACAUGGAUGUUUCAAAAUCUAUAAAUGCCACCUCUUGUGUCGCAAAACAGCGCACUACCACUGUUGUUACUGUGACAAAACAGUAAUACGUCGGACUGACUUCACAAAACACCUGCUUAUUCAUACAGCAGAUAAGAGUGCAGGUGGACGAGCCACCAGGACUUUGGCUAAUAACCAUGGGGAAAAGUCAUUCACUCUGGUUCAUGGACCUACUGACCAGCCAUCAGCAAUGGCCAGUGAGCGCAGGGGACAGCAGCCCAUAAUAGUUUCUGGGCCAACUGACCAGCCCUCAGCAAUGGCCAGUGAGCGGAGGGACCAGCAGCCCACCAUGGUCUGUGGACCAACUGACCAGCCAUCAGCAAUGGCCAGUGAGCGGAGGGACCAGCAGCCUAUAAUAGUUUCUGGGCCAACUGACCAGCCCUCAGCAAUGGCCAGUGAGCGGAGGGACCAGCAGCCUAUAAUAGUUUCUGGGCCAACUGACCAGUCUUCUACCACAAACCAGAAACACUGGGGUCUACCAUCGGUGGAGCAGGAGCUAAGACAUCAUAAAUCAAGUCAAAAGAAAGUUUCCUGUCCUAAAUGUAAUGUGACAUUAUAUUUGAAAAAUUUACAACGACACAUACAAAGAAAGCAUAGAACUGAAAAAGUUGACGUGUGUGCAGAUCGCCACCUUACCAGCCAGUGUGUUGAUGCAAGAAAUGGCAUUUUUGCAGUUGCCAAAAAUUUCUGUGGGCCACCUGUUCCUGUUCAUGUUAAACAAAAGCUGAGAGGUCCAAGUGAAUGCGAGAUGGAUGACUGCUCUUUGUUUUAUGAUGUAGCAGGUAGGAGUGGGCAUCAAGCAUUUAGAUGUUCUCACCUAAGGUCACUUGACUUUUGCUCAACUCCCUCAAACACCUGUCAUCUUGUGGAGGACACACUGAGUGAGCUUGUAAAGCAAAGAUGGUUUACAGAAAAAAAGAAAGAGAUGUGUCUUGCUCGAUUAAAGGAGGCAACAGACCAAAGUGCACCACUUGCUGUGGGUGUUAAAAUUGGGCCACCCAAAAAGCAUUAUGUGUCUGUCUUGGAGAACAAACCGUCCUACUACAGUCGAUUGGGAAGGGUGAUGGUUAUGUAUGAUGCCCAGAGAAACAGCUGGCAUUGUCCCUGUGUUAAUGCACGGAUGUCCUGUGCACAUAAGUAUGUCGCAAAGUGGUUCCUUUUUCAGACUAAUAGACAGCUUUUUAAAUCUGUUAGAUCAACUGGAACAGAAGAAGAUAACUUGGAUGGUCAUCAAGAAGAUGACAAGGAAAAGAUGGAAAAGCCGUUUGGACUUGGGAAAGAACUUUUGCAGAGAAUUGUAAAGUAUAUCAUGGAUAAAAAGCAGUAUCCAACAGAUUUUCCUGAAAAUCUUUGCAGAGGAGUGUUUGAUCCUCCCCCACCAAAGCAUAUUGUGCCAUCAGAAAAGUUCUGCACUGAAUGUGGUUAUAACUUGCCUCUAAGUGACCCCAUCCUUGUCACAGCAAAAGCUAAGAUUGUGACACUGACAUGUGUCUAUGAAGGAAUAAGCACAUACUUAAGGAAAUGUCUAAGAUGUGGAAUGGAGUACCGUUACCAAGACUGGGAACAUGGAAUCCACAACUUUAACAAUCAUAUUCUCAUGGGUUUCCACUUGUGUUUGUAUUUAAGGGCGUCACUCCAGACUCAUAAUGCAGCAGGCAGAGUUUUCAAAGCAAUGGAACUUGCAUCUGGUUUAAAGCUUCCUUCACAUAACCAUCUGUUUCAUGGUUACCUACAUUUUGAAGCAUUGGUGCAACAUGACUACAAAUAUGCAUGCAUCAAUUGUGGCUCUCAUCCUCCCGUGGUUAUUAUGGAUCUUCAUAAAAAGGGAGUUUUCAGUAUGCCAGUGAGUGAGGUACCUGAUCCAACUGAGUAUACUGGGGAAGUUAAUGUGAGAGACUUCUGGGAGUCUCUGUCCUUGAAUAUUAUUUCCCUUGGGUUUGUGAAGGUUGGAGAGGAGAAUCCAUUCGUUGUCAAGCCAACCUUUGGUUUUUGGGCACCGUGGAUUGGACCAGAAACUCGAAAAUCUGAUGUGGUUUUAAACACAGAGUGGGAAAAAGUACACCGCCCAGCAAAAACAAAAGAGCAGGCAGAGCUAGACAUUACUGAAGACAGACUUCUCGAGGAAGUCAUGAAAAUGAAGGUUGAUGAUGUCAAGAAACUGUGCAAAGCUUGUGGGGUUGAUCCCUGUGGUUCAAAAACAGACCUUAUCCUCAGGCUUCAUAAUGAAAUUAGGAGUAGGAGUACUUAUGAUAAGAUUUUUGAGAAAAUCUGGGGUGCAUCAGGAGGCUGGUCUGCAGUUAUGUGCCCAUGUGGAGUGGUAUACAGCCUGAAAUUCAACAUGAGAGCGGAAAGUCCAAGAGACUAUGUUGAUAUUUUACUGUCCUGGCAACAUUUGCCAAAUGUUACCAUUUAUGAUUUUGCCAGAGGUCUGGCAACACAUGGGAAUCUGAGGGACCCGUUGGGGUUGCCAUUUGCUCCACAUGAGGGAAGAUUACUUAGCCCUACAGAAGAAAACAUUUCUUUAGCCAAAGAGGGCAAGGUCAAGGUUAAUCUUCCCUGGUUAACAGAGCCGCGAAAUCCCCCUGAUGUCAAUGGGCAUCCUACAACAGGGAGUUCAGAGCAUUAUGUACUGUAUGAUAAACUGCAUGAAACGAAUGCAAAAGAUCCCAAGGAUUUUUUAAGAAGAACUGCUCUGGUGCCAGAACUGGCUGGGAAGGUUAAUACCCAAGUAGUAGAACAAUUCUUUGCUCAAAUGGAGAAAAACAACUACUUUCUCAACAUGAUGGCACCCAGCUCUCAGAUCUUUCUAAUUCGUAAUAUAGUCCACCAUCACAACACCCAGCUUAACAGAUCAAGACUGGAGAAAAUACAGAAGUUAAUGGGAACCAGACAAACCUUCAUGAACAAGAAUGGGCAACUUAUUAUAGGUUUAUCUCAAGAUAUCUCAAACACUGACAAUAUUGAGGUUCUACAAAAAGAUGAGGCUAUUACUAAACUGCAGAACGUGAGUGCUAGCUCCAGGUGUUGGCAACAUCCAUUGAGCAUAGAACUACAGGACAAGGUUUCAUAUGUACUGGAUGAGGCCAUGGAUCCUAAGGAGCAUAUUGUAUGCGUUUAUGGUGAAACACUUACCCGUGAGGACUUCUUGACAUUAGGACUACAGAAUUAUGUAGAGGCCAUGAUUCUGAAUUCCUGUCUAAGGGUUAUUGCACAAAUUGGGUCCAUAAGGAACAUUGACAUCUGGGUGACCAGCAGUUACAUUUCAGUGACCUGGUUACCACCGCUCUCUGCAAACCCAUUGGACCAUUUUUCUGUGGACAUUUGCAACAAAGAUGGCAUUUUACUUCCAUCUUGGAAACCAGGCCUUUUAACUCAGGAACGAGGCCAUUGGAUGAUUGCUAGAGCUUGCCCAAAAAAUUGCACCAGGACUAUGGUCGGAGACUGUUCUAAAUGACAUUACGGACAAUGCAAGACAAAAGCUGUCAAAUAACUGUGGAGUGUUUGUCUUGAUGUAUGGACUGUAUGUUGUUCUGGGACAGAAGUUUGAUUUCAC